UAUUCAAAGUCCAAUACAUUCUCUUCUAUUCCAGCAAUGGCCGCCCCCCGGUAGCGAUGCUCGCGAGCACGUUCGCGCGCGUGCUUCUGCUCGCCCUCGCGGGCCGAGCGUUCGCGCGCGCGUGCCCCGAGAACUGCGUGUGCGGCGAAUCAGAUGGUGUGCGUGUGUUCCAGUGUGAGCAGGAUGGCACGCGGUAUGAAGUCAAAGGCCUGCCGCAUUCGUACGCCGAGAUCCAUUGCGAGAAAACACACCUAAACUGGUCGGCGAUCCCGUUUUUCCCGUUCGCGUACAACUCGACAUUGGAAAGCUUCACGCUGUCCAAUUGCGAGCUGCCGAGCGCGCUCGCGAGCGUGCUCGAGAGCCUGGGCGCGAAUGAUGCUCGGGGACUCAUAUUGAAGGGCGUGUCGGGACAGCUGGAGGCCUCGCACGUGGAGGGCCUGAGUGCGGUGGAGGCUCUCAUGAUGGUGGACGCUGCCGACCAAACCCGAAUCCCAUACGACGUAUUCGACGCCCUACCCGCACUAAAAGACUUCAGAAUCCGCGGCGCUCGUCUCCAACUAGAAGAGAAUGGAGGGGAUAGUUCUUCCCCGCCCCCCGCCGUCUCCGCGCACCCCGCGCUGCGGUUAGUCGAGCUCGCGUCGUCGGGGAUCACGGACGCGCCGCCCGGGGCAUUCGCGAGACUGAGCUACGUGAAUAAGCUGUUUCUGUGGGGCAAUAAGAUUAGCAACUUCACCAGUGAUACUUUUAGAGGGCUAGACAACCUGGACACACUCGACCUGACAGGCAACCCGCUGGGGACACUGCCUCCACACGCGUUCGCCGCCGCGCCGCGUCUGCGCAGCCUGCAUGUCGUCGCCACGCGCCUCGCCAUCGUGCCUGGGGACGCGCUUAGAGGACACCCGGGAUUGGAGACGAUCCUAUUCAAAUUCGGCAUGAGCAAGAUCAAAUUCGGUCCUGGUGCACUCGCAGCGAUGCCAGCGCUGAAGCAACUAAUCUUCGACCGGACGCCGCUAGAUCAGCUCCCUGGAGACCUGCUUGAAAAUUCUACAGCGCUUGAAGAGCUGAUGAUCAAAGGCACCGGCCUCGAGGCGUUACCUGAAGGACUGUUCAGGACCCAGCAGCGGAUUGAAAAGCUGGACCUCAGCGCGAAUAAGAUCAAGGAAUUGAAACAAAAUGUCUUUUGGCCGCUGAAAGCGCUGAAGGAGCUCAAUUUGGACGAGAAUAAAAUUUUAGAAUUGCCUGAGCAACUGUUCUCCGGCCUGAUCAGACUAACGUCAGUCACAGCAAACAACAACGGCAUGAAGCACAUUGCAGCUGACGCCUUCCAAGGAUCUACCUCAUUACAGUACCUCUCCCUCAACGACAAUCAGCUCACCUUGAAGCCCAAGGCUGGCUCUAAUACUGACUACUACAACAUCGAGGAGCAGUCGCCCUUCAAGACUCUAUUCAACCUAAAGGAACUGCUCCUCCAAGGGAACAAUAUAUCGGAAAUAUUUAGUGAUUGGAGGUGGGCACUGGUCUCCCACUUGAAGAAGCUGGAUCUGUCGAGAAACAACAUCUCUGAUCUUACGGAAACGGACGUCCAAUUCCUCGCCAGCAACUUGACUAUAGACCUCCGUUUCAACCGGAUCGCUUCCAUCAGCGUGUUGGAAGCCCCGCCUGGAAUGCCCGCGGACCAACUGCCUUCAGGAGACACCGGCUCCGUCAUGCUCCUUGACGACAACCCGUUCAGAUGCGACUGCGACUUAUUCAUGUUCGUCAAAAGACUCCUCGGUUCACAACCUUUGGCAACAGAACCCAAAUUAGAGGUAGGAAAAGCUCGAUGCACGUCCCCACCAAGCCUCGCAGGAACUUUAGUAAGGCACCUUUCACCGUCCUCUCUCACCUGCAGUCUUCGCCCACAAGACUGUCCAGCGAACUGCACCUGCGACAUUCGCCCUGCCACGCUCUCUCUUGAACUGAACUGCGACGCUGCCCCUCCCAAAUACCCGAACCCCGAAAACUUUUACGUUUCAACCACCAAGCUACGCCUCAGGAGUUUCAAUUCACUGUCACUACCAACCCACGUCGUUUCUCUUAAUUUAAGCGGAAUCGGCCUUACAGAACCACCUUCAAUUUAUUUAUUGAAGAAUGUUGAGGAAUUGGAUCUUUCCCAAAAUAAUCUGACCCGCGCCCCAGUGGAGCUGUUCAAAGAUAAAUUAGAUUUACAUCUUGCUGGAAACCCUUUCGAGUGCGACUGCUCUCACGUCGAUGACGUAAUUGCAUUACAAGCAAACGUUGAUCGCAUUUAUGAUUCGGACAACGUGACGUGUAGAGGAGGCGAGUCGCCGUGGCACGUGGAUGCUGCCAGGCUGUGUGACGUCAAACGAGCAGCUCUGCUCGGAGGCUGCUUGGCCGGGCUUGGCCUCAUCGCCGCCGUCGUGGCAGCACUAUCCUACCGUUACAUCCUCGAAAUCAAAGUGUUCUUAUUCUCUCGCGGCUGGUGUCAAAGACUCAUCCAGGAAGACGAGUUGGACAAGGACGCGGAAUACGACGCGUUCGUCUCUUUCUCGCAGGAGGACGCCAAGUGGGUUUCAGAGCAGCUUCUCCCCAAACUGGAGGGAGCACCCGACAACUUCAAACUGUGCGUGCAUUACCGAGACUGGGUCGUCGGGGACAUGAUACCCGCACAGAUAGCGCGAUCCGUGGAACAGUCCAGAAGGACGAUUGUGGUGCUAACUGAGAACUUUUUGAAAUCAACAUGGGCUUCUUUGGAGUUUAGAGCCGCGAAUGUUCGUGCCCAGCGCGAGCGCAGAGCUCGCGUGCUCGUCAUUGUUUUAGGGGACGUUCCUGAGAGUAAAGAAAUGGACGCUGAGCUGAAGGCUUACCUAACUACUAACACGUAUCUCAAAUGGGGAGAUCCGUGGUUUUGGGAGAAACUGCGGUUCGCCAUGCCGCAUAGAGGUCCUAGAGGGACACAACGCUUGAAAGAAGUGUACGUCCCUGAUAAGCUUAAGAGAAGCGGACUCGACGCAAGACUGAACUCUGAAGGGAAAAUAGUAAAUGAUGCAACCCCGCCGAGUUAUUGAUUGCAUUUCGAGACUAAAGUCCGGUCUCCGAGCAGUAGAAGUUCGUCCAAUGACCCCAAGCUACAAAUCCUUAUCGCUCGCGCGUAAAUAUAUUGCUGUCGCGACUGUGCGACGGGCAGCCGCAGUAAGUGUGCGAAAUUCCAUGUACACGGCGACCGGAUUUUAGUUCCUGACUUAUGUGAGGUCAUGAGUGGCCUCAAUAUUUGACACCAGUGACCUGCUGUGUAAUUUGACCCUAUGUCCCUCUCGCUCUUGACAUAACUGCGGGUCGAUAGAGAGAGACAGCAGAAAUACGGAUCUCACGAUCAUAGCAAACUGUUAGGAUAAAAAUAAUCUGAUUAUAAGUUCUAAACACCUCACGUCAGCAGUUGCCUAUUUUUAACUUGAAACCGUAAUUUUUGGUUGGGUAUUUUUUAAUGUUCAUAUUUUUACUGAAGAUGUUUUAUAUUUUUUAUGUUUUACUUAUUUACCAAAAUGUAGACACCCAGUUAUAGUAAAUAUGGAUCUGUAUGUUAAUAAUUGUAUUUAGUUAUAAGGGUUUUAGUAGGAAAUGUAUCGAAGAGCAAUAAUUAAUUAACACACUCAAGAACAAUAACUAAUUUUUUUUCGAAAGCUAAGUGACUCCAAUUCUUUGUUCUCGAGUGUGGAUAACAAUAAUAAUCUAAGUAAAAGUACAUACGUGUGAUAUUUCUGUAAGAAUCUCAAACAUUUUGUACCAUUUAUGAGCCAAUUUAAUGUUUAGUAUCUUCAGUGGAUUAACUGAAAACUUUGUAUUUUAAUAAUGAAUAAGAUUUAAUAAUGAUAAAAAAUAAUAAUUGAUACAAAAAUCGGUGGAUCUACCCUCAAAACGAGGCUAGUCCACAGGGCAAACUUCUUUGUAUGUAAUUUUGUUGGUAUGUCUCAAUAAAUAAAUAAAUAAACUCCAGUGAGUUCCAUGCAACGUAGCGGGUCUUCCUUUAUAAUAAUAUACUAGUCAAGAAACGUACAUAAUUGUUAUUUGACUAUAAAUGUAGUCUUCAACGCUACCAUAAAGCAAAUGAAUAAAUACUAAAUAAUUU